UAUAAUUAAUUAUGGAAUUUCGUAUUUGUCCAGUAAGGUUAGUUCCAACAUGGAUUUGUUCCGCAACGCAAAGGUGGUGCUGCUCCGAAGCCAUACCAAGAAGUAUUUGUUUGCCGACGAGGAUGAGGAGUCCGUUACUCAGAGCCGAAACGGAUGGACCAAGAAUGCGAGAUGGAGCGUUGAGUUUGUUAGGUUCUCUGAUUCAAUAAUCCGGCUCAAGAGCUGCUACGGCAAGUACUUGACGGCAUCGAACCAGCGGUUGUUUCUCGGAAUGACCGGCAUGAAGGUUCUGCAGACUCGUCCAGAGCGGUUGGACUCGUCGCAUGAGUGGGAGCCGAUCAAGGAACACUCGCUUGUGAGACUCAAAACGCAGUACGGUAGUUUCUUGAGAGGCAACGGCGGUGUUCCGCCGUGGCGGAACUCGGUCACUCACGAUGCGCCACAUCGUACCGUUACACAGGAAUGGAUUCUAUGGAAUGUUGAAGUUAUUGAAACCGAGAUUCAAUCCUCCGUUCACAAAACCCUAGCUCAACCCGAACCCGACCUGUAUUCAACAUCAUCUUCAGUUUCAUUUGAAUCUGCACGUCCUUCAACAUCAGAGUCGACUAAUUCUGGAGCCUUGAACACACUACCUAAACCGGAAGGGAGGAGGAUAUUUUACCAGAUUGCUGAUGACGAUGGGAGGAUGAAGAUUCGAAGAGGCAUAUUUUAUCAGACUGCUGAUGACGAGUGGAGGAUGAAGAUUCAAAGAGGCACUCUUUGAUCCAACAACUCAACUUUGAAAGUUGUUUUGGUUUUGAAAUCUUCUAAACGUAAGAAUCUUUGAACCCUUGCAAACCCUUUGAUUUGAAAGGGUUCAAACAGAAUGUAUAGUUUAAACAAUGGCACACUUAUCUCGAUAUAAUAACAAC